AGAGGCAACAAUACAUAAAGGAUUCUCUCUUUUCACUCGCACUUUAUAAUAUAAAAACGAACCACACUAAAUUCCUGAGGGAAAAAGCGAUGAAAAUGCGAAGUAAAAUAUUUCCUACUUGAGCGUACUGGUUCGCUCUUUUCGACUCAGUUGUAAAAGGACAUUGAUCGGGAACGGUUAUAACCAAGUAAAUAUUGUAUACAAAAUCGACAACUGAAUGAUAAUUUUUCUGUGCAUUUUUGUGCUUUGCAUGAGUAAUGUGUGUGUGAAUUUUUAAAAGCUGCCAUCAACACACUAUCUGUUGCAUACAGAAAAUGGUGUACAAUUUGUAAAAAGUUUAUUUUUUUGUAGCUGCGAGAUGUAAGGUGGACUUUCUUUAGUGUUUGAUAAUUUCGUUCAGUUUUCAGUGAAUUUGAGCGCCUGGAAUACCAGUGUGAUAUAUCUGGGGUGUGUUUAUUUUUCGUUGUACGACUUUUUUUACGUAAAGUUGUGAUGAUAAUUGAAGUUGAAUUAAUAUUGUGAAAAUCGGCAGAUUUUGUUUGGGAGCGAUAAGGUCAAGAUGCUGGCGUUAUUAGUCACUUAAAUCGUGUAUUCAAUUAAUCGAGAAUGACUCUAAUUAAAGUGCACUAAAUGAAAAUAUUCGCACCGCAAACAUGAGCUUUUUUAAUUCACUUCAACAAUAUGUGACAAGCGGUGUUGCCGGCCUGGGACUAUCACCGCGCCGUUUUUCAUUGUCUCGACAAGAAUCAACCGAACCCAGUCAACCCCAACCAGCAACCGAUAAAAAGGAAACCAACAGCACUCAACCUCAUCAUGGUUUCCCGAAAGUAAUUCCAGCUCCUGGUACGGUAACACCUCCACAAAGCCAAGGAUCAAUACGACGUCAAUCGCGAGCAUUGGAAUGUUUAGCACCGCCGCGAAAAGGGUCAUUCCGCCAGAGACAUUCACCAGUACAUCAACCGACACCACCUGACCGGCCGCCAUUAGUGUUUUGCAAAAGAAGACUGUCGUGGCCAGAAGUCGAUCCUACUUCAACUUCCGGCGUACAAGAGACGGAUGGUUCAUAUUUCGAGAGUUUCACUGCGCUGUCCUGGAAACGUGAUAACAGACGAUUUUCUGCUGUUAGAGUGUCAGAGACGCGAGCAGAAACAUUACUGGAAAGUGAAAGGGAACAACCAACAGAAGAUGAUAUCGAACGACCGGAUGAGAAGGAGCACCUAUACGUUGAUGUACUCUAUACGAUUACCAAUACUGUUGGUGCACCGCCUGCACCUGGCGGCCAGUUCGCCCACUAUAAAGAGGAAAUGUAUCUACAAGUUCAACGAGCGUUCAGUGUUUCUCCUGACCGUCAUUACCGAUUGUUAAAUGCGGCUACGGAAGACAAACCAAAAAUCGUUGUGCUUACUGUUCUCGUACAAGAAGCUGAUGGUAUCGAAGCUAAAGACGCUAAUGGAUUCAGUGAUCCUUAUUGCAUGCUCGGAAUACAACCGGCUGGUGCACCAAUCUCACCUCAGCCACCAUUGACACCCCGUACAUUGUCCGAUGUUGGCUUUGACAAUAACUUAGAUUCGCCACACCACGAUAAAUUAAGAAAACAUCAUAGCUUUCGAUUAAGCUUUAAACGAAAAGAUGGCGGUCGUCGAGAACAACGAGACUCUUUAGGCGGUGGCCCAGUACCGGCGAAAUUUAUCCGCGCCACAUCAAUCAAACCACACACGUUGAGCCCGAAAUGGAAUGAGAAAUUCAAAUUUGACAUUGAUGACAUCAAUAACGAUACCUUCCAUUUGGAUAUAUGGGAUCAUGAUGAUGAAAGUUGUGUAUUGGAUGCUGUCUCCAGACUGAACGAGGUGCGUGGCGUUCGAGGGUUAGGUAGAUUUUUUAAACAAGUAUGUCAAUCAGCACGUCAAGGGUCACAAGAUGAUUUUUUGGGCUGUGUUAAUAUCCCCAUUGCGGAUAUCCCAUCGACUGGUUUAGAAGGUUGGUUUAAAUUAGAAGCUAGAAGUCAACGUAGCUCUGUACAGGGACGAAUUCGACUUAAAUUAUGGCUAUCGACUCGGGAUGAUCGAGGAUUUUCCGAGGAGGACAAUUCAUUAGAAGUACGUAAAUUGGCACGAUUGCAAAAGGUGAUUAUGUCGCAUGAAGUGGCUAAACAUGAACCGUCUUGGACGUGGCCGGGUGAUUUACCAGGACCGGCAAUGACAAUCUUUCAUCAGAUGGCUGUUCAAGGGAACAUAUCGGAUUUACAGUGCGCAUUAGCGAGAUUCGUAGCUGUGGUACACGUUAAUCGGCUAACUCCAAUCGACCCAAAAUUCAUUCAUCGCCUUCUGGUCGACAUCGACAAAAUGUGGAACCAGCCCAAUCAAGAGCCAUUAACACGAGAACUCGAACAAUGGCUCGCUGAAGCCAUGAAUGGUUUCGUCGACAAGUCACUGAACCAAAUACGACGACAUCGUGAUAUAUUUCCAGCGCUGCAUCCGCCAUCAUUGCAUCGCCUAGAAUUUUUACUGAGAUGUUUAGGUUUGUUAGGAUCGAUGAAGGCAUUCCGACAGGUGUGUCCGUUCAACAAGGGCGUUCGCGGUGAAAUUGUCGGUGCGUUGCGUAAAGGUUCGGUGCAAUGGGCACAAUUUUAUUUACGCGAAUCACAACGCAGCCAAAACUCAAUGGUUUGCUUUACGACAACAUUGGUGGCAAAUCUGCAGUUGGGAUUGAGCUAUUAUCACUCCGUUUUCGAUACCACAAAUGGAAUUCAGUACUUUAGCAUAAUAUACAAACAAUUCGAUGCGAUUCUUGCUGAUGAAGUAACAUCUCGAAUGGAAACUGGACAAGUCUUAGGUACAACGUUAACUCAAUGCACAGUCCUGGAAGGAGAUAAGGAACCACCAGAUAUACGACCGUUUGAAUUAUACCUAGUUUUACAGGAAUUUACAAGUUUGAAGCAGCACCUGUCUGUAAUGCCUCAACCACCCGAGAAACCCUUAGCACUUCAAAACUAUCACGAAUGGUUUGAGCCGGCUAUUCAACGAUGGAUAAUGGUUAGCAAAGCGAAAGCACUCCAACGUGUACGGGCAGCGAUAAUGUUGGAUAGAAUAUGUGAAGGUGAUCGUAUUGUACGACAUAGUACGUCAUCUGUGGAUACCGUAUCCUGUUUCUAUCAAAUGCGCGAAUUUUGGAAAAUUAUCGCCUGGCCGGAUUCGAAUUCUUACACAUACUUUGAAGCUCAAUUGAUUGAAGCUGCGUGUGCGGCUGCAAUGCACUAUGGAGAUUUGAUACAUCAAGCGCUGGCGGAUGGCGGUUACUACGAACAAUCUGGACCAUUUCGAACGUCCGAUGAAAUGUGCGUAACAGUUAACAAUGUGGAGUAUGUGCGGCGAGGAUUAUCCGAAUUCCGACCGGAUACGCACAAUCCGCAUGAAUCAGCGGAAGCUCUGUUAGAAACAAGUUUAACUCAAUUGGAAACCAGAGCCGAGCGUGUUUUAAGCAAAUUGGCUCCGUCAAUGCAGGUGCCGUUACAGAAGGCUGUCUUUCAUUUGGCUUGGUCGCCGGACUCACUACCAACCAAUCAAGCUAUUGUACCGUUAUUGGAGUAUUUGGAUGUUCAUUUGUCGGCGUUGAAUAGUGCUCUUCUAACCAAAAACUUCAAUCGUUCACUGACACUUAUUUGGAACACAGUUCUUGGUGAAUUGUCACGGCAAAUGGACACAGGAGGCGAAGGUGAACGACCAACUAAUUUCCAUGAUCGUCUCUACGAAGCGUUACAGUUGCUCGUAGACUUUUUCAAUGCUGAAGGUCUGGGACUGCCAACGGAAACUCUGCAAAACGAUUCGUUUUGGCGAGUAGAGCAACGACUGCAGUACCAUAAAAAGGAAACGGAUAAACUGAUUGAUUUGUUCUAUAUGCAACGAUUACAAGAUCAGAUCAUGGCAACGCCCGGACAAUACGGUGUCCUUGCAGUACGUGCGUAUUUCAAUCACGACUCUUUAUGCGUAGAAGUUUUACAUGCUCGUGAUGUUAUCCCAUUGGAUCCGAAUGGUUUCAGUGAUCCGUUUGUCAUUGUGGAAUUGUUGCCACGAAAAGUUUUCAUGCAUUGUGCCGAACAGCAGACGAAUGUGCAUAAGAAAACUUUAAAUCCUAAUUUCGAUGAGUGUUUCGAGUUCUCUGUAUCGUUGGAGCAAUGCUCAUCCGAGAGUUCAAUGAUCUGCUUUACAGUCAUGGACCAUGAUGUUUUGACAGCAAAUGAUUUUGCUGGUGAAGCUUUCUUGGCACUUGGUACCAUUCCGGGUGUCGCCGAUUACAAUACAAGUGUGGACAAUUUCCACGGAUUGAAACAAGUGGAAUUGCCGCUGAUGCAACAAACUGAAAAGAAUCAUCCCAUUCUGCAAAUUCUCGAGUCGAGAGUUGGUGAUAAGCAAGCUGUUGAUUUUGUUCGGAAGCAAAGAGCUCGACUUGUGAACUAAGUGGAUAAUUAGGAAAACAUCAAAUGUUUCGAAGG